AUGUCACGAAGUCAGUCGAGCCUGAGUCUGAGCCAGACCGAUAGCGCCAGAGAAGAUGGCGUCUCGCCUGCCCCCAUCGCAAACUCGGCCAUAUCCGGUCCCAUGAAUCUGUCCGGCUUAGUGUGCAACGUGCGAAGAACAACCGGCCGUGAACCUCGAGCUCUGGUCGGUGCGACCACGACGAUUCUCGGCGAUAAAUUAUACGUCUUUGGUGGCCGGUCCGUGUCAAGCUCCCAGUCGCAUGUGCAACUCACUUCGGACUUGUACGAGCUGGAUUUGAUACGCAGACAUUGGUCGAAAGUGGACGUUUCUGGCGAUAUACCUCCUCCACGAUACUUUCAUAGUGUUUGUGCUUUGGGAGAUACGAAGUUGGUAUGUUUUGGAGGAAUGUCGCCGGCGGAUUCGAGGGGAAGCACACAGCAGCAUGGCUCGGAUGAGCAGGCGGACGUGCAGGUCAUGUCGGAUAUACAUAUAUACGAUGUCAUUACACGGACGUGGACACGCUUGCCUGCAAAGGAUCCACCACUAGGUCGAUAUGCGCACUGUGCGACGAUAUUACCUUCGAGUGCAUGCUUCACGUCGGCCAAUGCGCCCCUAUCCGCUAUACACAACAAUCCGUCUUCGGGAAACCCGCAUCAAGGCUCGAUUGGACCUGAUAUUGAUGGAUAUGGAGGUGCUGAAAUGAUUGUCGUGGGUGGACAGGAUACUUCCAACCACUACAUUGAACAAAUAAGUGUUUUUAAUCUUAGGAGUCUAAAGUGGACGUCUACUAGCUCUCUAGGAAGAAGCUGUGGCUCGUAUCGCAGUGUCGUCGCACCGCUGACCAAUCUCGAUGUAUCAGAGCUCGGCAGCGCGACAGAAGACGGCGCCAGUAAUCAGCCCGUUGAUGGACCCGAAAAUGGCACUUCAAUGCUGAUAUAUUCUAAUUAUAAUUUCUUAGACGUCAAGUUGGAGCUUCAGGUACGACUUCCAGAUGGCCGUUUAUUGGAAAAGGCCAUGUACGGACAAGCUUCUCCUCCCGGAUUGCGAUUCCCCAACGGAGGCAUUAUCAAUAACCAUCUGGUUGUCAGUGGUACAUAUCUUACGUCGUCUAAGCAAGAAUAUUCCCUAUGGGCCUUGGAUUUGAGAAGCCUUACGUGGUCACGCAUUGACGGCGGCGGCAUGGUAUUCAGCAAUGGCAGCUGGAACAGGGGUGUCUUGUGGGAACGCCGAAACACGUUCGUCAUUCUUGGAAACCGGAAGCGAAGCUUGGUAGACGACUACAAUCACCGUCGAAUCAAUUUCUCCCAUUUGUGCAUGGUCGAGUUGGAGGCCUUUGGACUUUACAACAACCCCUGUCGAACCUCGCCAACUUCUGACUAUGCCUCCGUCAGCGCGCCUAUGGUCCCGGCUUCUCUGCAGUUGAAACUUGCGCAACUCACGAGUGGCGGCCGGCCGCUUUCAGCUGCAUCCGAUGAACUGGGUAAAGUUGCAUUUUCAAUGUCGGAGAUGGCGGACAUGGAGCUUCAAGCGUUAGGUGGCGAGCGCAUUCCGGUUAGUUCGCGGAUGCUAGCUAGACGAUGGGGACCCUUCUUCAUCCAGUUGCUCCGUGAAGCAUCUGAUCCUGGAAUUGCAGAAACCGCGACACUGCGUGGUGCGAUGGGCGCAGGAGGUGGACCAGGUCAUCCAAGUCGUAAUUCGAGUAUAACAAUUACACCGUCGCUGGGGUCAGGUAACAGCUUUUCCAAUGCUAGCACAUUAGCUAGCGGCAGUAGCCAGAGCUUAUCAUCUCCACACUCUCGCCUUCUCGCAAACCUGGAUGUUCCAUCCGCACACUCUAUUGCGCCGUCCCUACGUCCUCGUGUGCUGUAUCUACCGCAUACGCUUCAAACCAUUCGACUUUUGGUCUAUUAUCUUUACACCUCAUCAUUACCCCCUGUGAACUCACCUCUUUGUACGCCUUUGAUUCUCUGUUCUAUCCUGCAAUUGGCGCGCCCGUAUCAAGUUGACGGGCUGUUGGAAGCAACGGUAGAACGCCUUCACCAAGUCCUAGACGAACGCAACGCUGCCGCCGUCUUCAAUGCCGCCGCCAUGGCAGCCGGUGGCGGCCGCGGAACGGGAUUUAUCAGUGGCAUCGGCGGUACUCUCGAAGUCCUGAACGGUGUACACAACUCCAUGAAGAGAUCAUCAGAUAACAUCCCGGAUGGUGCUGCAGCCGGACCCGGCGGCUUGCAGACCCAAAACUCGUUCUCGUCACUUUCAACAACAUCUGAUUCUUCAGACACGGAACUUGGUCGUCAACGACAUCUCCGCUCCGACUCCGUCAUGAGCCAAUCACAACAACAACCCUCGAGAGUCAACACGAGCAUGUCACGCUCCCGCAACAAUAACGAGAAUUACUACGACGACUCAUUUAGUGACGCCAGCAUAUCCGGAGCGUCUUCUACAGCAUCGACGAGUUUCAGUCACACCGAUUCGGAUACCCUUGAAGAGGGCGGAAGCGGUAUCCGCAGCAACCGCGCCAGACACGGACGACGAGGCACUGAUGCCGAGAGCCGUGGUGAACGGCCCAUCUGGACGGGCGAUGUUAGUAGUGUGAUUGGACUGCAGAAGCGAGGACUCAAGGGGUUGAUGGAGGGGCGAAGGAUGAGAGAGAGAAGUAGCGGGAGGUCCGGGGUUGCUGUUGCUGUAGAUCAGUAA